AUUAGGGCUCCCCAAUUUAUAUAUAUGCGCGCACGUUAUACACACAACGCACAUAUUAGCUCAGUAAUAUUUUCGAAUCUCUCUCAUUCUAGAUACCGCCUGCCUUGUUUUCCUGUUUCUCUCUCUCUCUCUCUCUAGAAGAGCAGCAGAAGAUCACAUGGCGUUGCCGAAUCAACAGACUGUGGAUUACCCUAGCUUCAAGCUUGUAAUUGUUGGCGAUGGUGGCACUGGGAAAACAACAUUUGUAAAAAGGCAUCUUACUGGUGAAUUUGAGAAGAAAUAUGAGCCUACAAUUGGUGUGGAAGUCCAUCCAUUGGAUUUCUUCACUAACUGCGGAAAGAUCAGAUUCUACUGCUGGGACACCGCUGGUCAGGAGAAAUUUGGUGGCCUUAGAGAUGGAUACUACAUCCAUGGACAAUGCGCUAUCAUUAUGUUUGAUGUAACAGCUCGAUUGACAUACAAGAAUGUUCCGACAUGGCACCGUGAUCUUUGCCGGGUUUGUGAGAAUAUACCGAUUGUGCUUUGUGGGAACAAGGUUGAUGUAAAGAACAGGCAGGUGAAGGCAAAACAGGUUACUUUCCACCGGAAAAAGAAUUUGCAGUACUAUGAAAUAUCUGCCAAGAGUAACUACAACUUCGAGAAGCCUUUCCUGUAUCUUGCAAGGAAACUUGCUGGUGAUCCUAAUUUGCACUUUGUUGAGUCUCCUGCUCUUGCUCCACCUGAAGUGCAAAUUGAUUUGGCUGCACAGCAACAACAUGAAGCCGAGCUUGCUGCUGCUGCUAGUCAGCCUCUUCCCGAUGAUGAUGAUGAGGCAUUCGACUAAAGGAUCUAGCACAGCUUUAGAUUUUUGCUGGUGCGGUCCUUGUGUUAGUGUCAUGGUGUCCCAAUUUUCUUGUGUUCAUUGAUAUGGGGAUUCUAAGGAUUUUCUUUGCAACUUAAUACAUCCUUUGAGUUAUUAGAAGAGCUCUUGAAUUGCACCUGCACCUUGGUUGUGCUUUUGAUUUUGCUGCUUGUGGGGGAUAAGUUUUUAAUAUUUGAAGAUGUUGAGGAAUUAUUUGUAUGAUGUGGGACCAUAUCGACUUCAAAUAUUUGCCGUGUUUUACUGGGCUCUGGGUCGUUGCCAGUGUGUUGGCUCCUUAUGUGGGCUAUGGCACUGUAGCAAUGAGUCCAUACUUGUGGACGAACAGCAUAUUAGGCUCCUAUGAGUAUGAAGACCGUUUUCUGUGAUC